AUGUACAACCUGACCAGAGAGCAUCCCAAAUUGAUUGAAGAUCAUGUCGUCACUAUUCUCAUCUUCACCAACUGGGUUUUCGGAUGUGGUAUUAUCAGCUUGUUUGGGGUUAUCACAAAUGCCAUCAACAUCGUCAUCUUCCUCCGUCUGGGACUCAAAGAUACCGUAAAUAUCUCGCUAUUGGGCUUAGCCAUAGCGGACCUGUGCGGUUUGGUCUUUCUUAUACUCAUCAGUAUCUUCUACAACCCUCUUUUCUACGAACUCGACCUACCCUUCAACGCUCCAGAAGUCGAGUACUUGGCUUUUGGCUGGCCACGUCUCAUCUUCACCCGGACCACAAGCUGGAUCACUGCACUCGUCACCUUCGAACGAUGCUUGUGCGUCACAUUUCCUCUCAAAGUCAAGACUCUGAUUACACCUAGACGCGUGGGCUGCGCCGUGCUAGCUAUUUAUUUCAUAAUGGCGUGCAGCAUCACCCCAACUUAUUAUAGCAACCUACUCGGAUGGAAAUUUGAUGUUGAGAGAAACAAGACAGUUUUCGGUCUCAUUUACCGCAAAGAAAGGCGGGCGGUCGACGGGGUGUCCUUUAUUGUCGGAGUUUUGAUUACAAGUGUUUCCUAUAUCUUUGUUGUAGCCUGCUCUUUAGUCCUUGUUUUCAGUCUCAAGAGACAGACGAAAAAAUUCAGCACAAUGGUUGGACAGUCUUCUGAAAGUACCGGAGCAGUGAACAAAGAUGUGGUAGAUUCCAGAACUGCUAAAUCUCGGCAAGUUACCAAAAUGAUCCUAGUUUUAUCAAUAGUCUUCAUUGUUUGUUACAUCCCAAGCAACCUCGUGCAGCUUGGCAUGGCGCUCGUCAAAGACUUCAACAAAGGGGGACGCUAUGCCAACACCCAUGUUGUAGCCUGGACCAUAGUUCAUGUGAUGGAAGCGUCUAACUCGUCUAGAGACCGAUCUUACAAAAAGGUUAAUGGACUCCAGAUACCUCUAAGUGAGACCCGCCUCUGA